AUGGCUUCUGUAACCGAUGCUAACGCAACCGAGCUUACUUCUAAGCAACGAAGACAAUUGGAGAAACAAGAAAGGCGGCGAAAAUAUGCAGAUUUAGCUAUCCAAGGCACCAAUAACUCGUCGAUCGCAUCCAAAAGAUCAGUGGAAAGGCUGUACUUACAGAAAUUAGGAGUAAAUGAGAAUGUCGACAAAUCCAAAGGUUCCAACGAAUAUUUCAAAUACUUUGUGAAAAAGCCGCUGAGGCGGUCGCCAUGUAUUAAUCGAGGCUAUUGGUUGAGAAUUCAUGCUGUGAAGUCACGGAUUGACUCGAUUUCAGCAGUAACCACUAAAGAUCAAAGAAUAUGUGUGGUAAACUUAGGAUGUGGUUUUGAUCCUCUUCCCUUUCAACUUUUGGAUCCUCAGAAUGAACAAAACAAGCAGUACCAAGAUCGCCUGUCAUUUGUGGAUUUGGACUAUCCGGAUCUGCUCAGCAACAAGAAAAAGAUUAUUGACAGUACCGCAGAGCUGAAGGAGAUUGUUGGGACCCUAACGUCUAGCUCUCGUUCUGAUGGCGUUUUCGAAGGGGAAAGUUAUACUUUGGCCCCAUGCGACCUCAACAAUGCUGCCAGCUUUCAAACGCUUAUGAUUUCUCUAGAGCUUGACGAUCCAUCGAUAAUCAAAGUUUUUGUAGCAGAGGUGUCGUUAGCGUAUAUGAAGACCAUAAAAGCGAAUGCUGUCAUUACUGCAUGCUCGCACUUGCCUAAUUCUCACUUCGUUUUACUUGAGCAGCUACUUCCUUCUGGCCCAUUCGAGCCUUUUUCAAGGCAAAUGCUGAAACACUUCAAAAACAACGAUUCGCCUUUGCAGUCAGUUGUUGACAAUUCGACUAUAUUCGAGCAGCAAGAACGUUUUAAAAAAUGUGGAUUUCCUCAUUCAAAUAUUGGGAAUAUGUACCAAUUGUGGGAGUCUGUUAGCGGUGAAACAAAAAAGCAGAUAGAUUCCAUAGAGUCUUUUGACGAGUUGGAGGAGUUCUUUUUGUUUUGUCAUCAUUACGUUAUAGGUCAUUCCACAAAUGUGGCCAACUUUCCUUUCGAAACGAUUUUUCAAGCCAAUGCGUGUGACACCUACAAUGAUCUUCCAAUGCAGACCAUUCAAGUACGGACAGAGCCUACCCAAAAUGAACACUUACUACAAAGAAAGUUUGGAGCAUCUGCCAUGCUUCCGAGCAAUGAAAUUAUUUAUUCACAAGGUUGUUAUAACAGCAGACUGGGCGACAUAUUGUCAAUCAAUCCGGGAAAAGGUCAAAUUGAAAAACUUGACGUUGACUCGUCAAAGGGUGUACCCUUUGAGCGCAUGUGUCACAGUCUGACCUCUGUAAACAAUGGACUAUGUGUGAUGGUUGGCGGUAGAGCAGGGCCCAACAAACCAUUCUCGGAUAUUUGGUUAUUGAGAAAAUCUGAAGAGAAACAGUGGUACUACGAAAAGGGCACUCUUCUUCCCGAAACAAGAUACCGACACUCGUCGUGUGCAUUAAACAAGACUCAUAUCUUGAUAUAUGGAGGGCACACUGAUGGUCAACCAUUUCUGAUCUACGACAGUGCCAAAAAUGAACUAAUUUACCCCGACGUGGAAGGUAAUAUAUCCCUGCUCUCAUCAGCAGCUUUGGCAUUUGAUAUACGGGCCCAAAGUGGUGUCAUAAUAGGAGGCUUGGACAAAGAUGCAACAGUCCAAGAUAAGCUUACACCUUUUGCUUACGACCAUCACUCUAACAAGAUCAUCGUUAGACAUGGCUUUUCUAACCCUCUUUUCAAACGGUACGGCAGCAAGGCUCUUUUCAUCACUCCGGAGAAGAUCCUUAUUGCCGGCGGAUUCAGUCCCGACGUUUUAUUUGGACAAGAUUCAACUUUGGUGGAGGUAAGUGUAAUAUCAGGUCAAAUCGCUCUGGUUCGUAUUCCAUCACAAACUUGGCAAGACGGGUUUUCCAUGAUGGCGGGCUUUGAAAUACAAAAAGAUUCGCACGACAACAUAUACUUAUUCGGUGGUGGUGCGGUGUGCUACGGGUUUGGUUCUGUUUGGAACCCUUUACUGCGCAUUGAGAAGGCAUCAACUUUACAAACGGAUUUAAUAUUAGAGAAGAGUAAUUAG